UAUCGACUUCACAUUUUUUUGACUAAGUUUUUUCGCCGAAAUAUAUUUUUAUUACGAUGGCCCUGAAGGUUCAUUGUGCGCACUCACAAAUUUGUGCACACGCACAUUUUUUACUCAACGCACACCAUUCUAAUAUAUUUUUGUAUGCAUGCAUGACUUUAAAAUAUACGCACGCGAAAUUUUCCACGCGCGCCUCGAAUUUGAACUUCCACGCACCUGAAUAGACCCGCAUUCAAUAACCCGGAAAAAGUCACUGGGUCUGGAUUUUAUACAUUUUCUCGACUACGAAAACAGAGCAGCCACUUUCACUUUCAUGCAUGAUACUGAACAACAUUGUCGAGAAAUGGAAUCACUGUUGAAAAGAAUAGUCAGGGAAGAAGUAGAGCGAGCUCUCUCCUCAAAUCCUUCCAGUAGUACUUUUGCACCACCAAGUACAACCACUGUCAACAGUCAUGUUACCGCAAGCUGCACCACCAUCACCACCAACCCUUCUAUCGGCAGUAACCCUAAUGCUAAACGCAGCAGAGAAACUAAUGGAGACACUCAACUAUCCUCCCAUCCUAAAAAGGAGAAGACUGAAGUACGCCUUAAUAAAUUGCUGAAUCAAAUACAAAAGAAAACGCCGAACAAACAAAAUACACCUAAGUCUUCAAAGUCAAUGAAAGUGCAAGUGAGAUACCAAAGAAAAGGCAUAUGUGGCAAUUUUGUUACCGUUAAGCAGUCUGAGGGUGGUGGACAUAGAUUUGCGACAUUUGAGGCGGCAGACGAUCCAUCUUUUGAGGAGCUUAAAGACAUCUCUUUAAAAUAUUUCUUCCCAGAUAAUGGGAAGAAUUUCUUUAAUGAGAAUACGUUUCAGUUGGUUAUCCGACUAUGUGACUCGUCCGGACAGGAAUUGAAUAAAGAUGAAUCAAUCAAAAAAUAUUUAAUGGAACGUGGUCUGACAGCAUCCAGGAUCUACUUCCUAUUGGUAACAGAACCAAUGUUUGAUUCAUCUGAUUCCAGUUCUGAUGAUGAUUCAAACGCAUUAUCCAAUCAGCGGAAGAUAUGUGUUGUUUGCGGUAAAACAUACUUGUAUUUUUGUCUUGCUUGCAAGCAAGACAAGGAGUUUGCUGACUCCCUCAAUUCAGAUAUAACCAACCGUGAUGUAGAAUGUAUCGAAGAGACGAGUUUUGAAGAUCGACCGAAUCAGGAUGCAUUACGCCAACUUCGAAUAAAUGCUAUGGCUGGUUCACUUAGCUCAAUCAGGUCACUUGAGGAAGAUUUAAAAGCGUUAUCUCAAGCAUUUUUGGCGAAGAAUGCAAACAAUGUAGUGACCUUUAAUGUUAGACGGAGAUAUUUAUUCAGUGACACUCUUACAAAAAUGAAAAUUUUUUUUUCUGAUAAUCCUUUACGAAAGAUGAAAGUAGAAUUUACUAGUGCAUCAGCUUUGGAGGCAGGUGUAGAUACUGGUGGACCAGGAAGAGAAUUAGUGACAUUGUUUUAUGAAAACGUGAGUGGCCAGCUUCUAUACGGAAGACCGAAAAGUGAAGUUUUUUCGCAUGACCUUCUUAGAGUGGACAGCGGUGACUAUUACGCAUUUGGGCAAUUUGUAGCUGUUGCACUUCUUCAUGGAUAUGAUGCCCCAAAGCAAUUAUGUAAAGGAGUGAGUGGCUACAUAGCAGGCGUUCAACAUUGUUACUGUGAAGUUGAAGAUAUCCCUGAUGUAGAUGUACGCGAGAGAUUAUUAGUGAUUCGUAACUGUACUGAAUCAGAGACAUUUCGCCAACACCUGAAUGAUUUUAUAGAGCGAUUCGAUUUUGGAUACACAAAAGUGAAUCCUGCUAUUAGUGAAAAAGAAGAGUUGUUGAAAACCAUUUCACAUCACUGGAUUAUUUCCUCGAAGUUGGAAGAGUUACAAAAAUUUCUGAAUGGGCUUUCGUGUGAGGGGGUACUCGACAUCCUUCGCAAGCAUCCUGAGGAAACUAUGAAGAAGUUCAUGUAUGCAAGUGUUUCAUCUGAAGAUGUGAAGUCAAUUUUCAACGCGGUUUACACCGGAAAAAUCGAAAUCGAAGAGGACAUUAUUUAUAACCUUAAAAACUUUGUGGAUGAAGUAGGGUUUGGAAGAGUGAAAGAAAAGAGUGCUGUCAAUGUUCUUGCCCUCGAAGAAUCUCCUUUGAAUUCAAAUCCAAAUAUGUCGUCGAAAGUCAUCACAUUGGAGGACUUCCUAUUCUUUCUAACAGGGUCAAAAUUUUUGCCUAAUAGGAAGGUUGAUGUCAGUUUUAAUCAUCACAGUUUUGGAAACGAAAGAGUAAGAGUGAGCACAUGCGAAUUGUGGAUUCGAUUUCCUGUUACAAAACGGUACAUGGAUGGAGAAGUCUUCACUCAAAAUAUCCUUGAUGACAUUUUAGAUUCACCAGGCUUUGCCGGAUGUCGUCUAUACAGUCCCAACUUGGAAAGCGUUCUCUUCAAGGUAGACAAACUCACAAACACAUCAUGCUGUGCUGCUAAGAAUCCCAGGAUUUCUAGAUUACUAAAGCCUUGUCCAAAGUAAGAAGUUAUUAAAGCAUCUCUAUCAAAACAUUUUGAACUUAAACAAGGCAGAUACGAUGUCGCCAUGUUGUUUCCUGCCCCGCAAACAAAGCAAUGAAAAUUUAACAAAAUCAGGACCAGAUGGAAAAUAUCGAUUAAAUUUGUGCCAAAAUGCUCUCGCGGGCGUGAAUGAAUUUUUCCUUGCGCGUAUUAAUACAAUGGUGCGUGCAUCAAAGCUGUGCGUGCAAGACUAUAACUUGAGCGCGCGUAAAUUAAAGCACUUAUGUUCCCUGGAAUGGUGCGCGUUGAGGAAAUUUGUGCGUGCGCACAAUGAACCUUCAGGGCCAUCGUAUUUUAUAGUGCAGUGGGAACAAAAACGUUUCAAAAAAUGUGAGGAUACAGUGAGUGGAUAUAUUCACUUAGUUAGUUGGAAUUGAUAUAAAAAGCAGAAUAUCAAAUUCCUUUGCAAAAUUUAGUCUGCAAGAAAUUUGUUAAAUUUUGUGCAAGUCAAUAAUAUUUUUACUGACUUUUUUGCCGACUUUUUUUUAACGAUUUAUCAUCGGUUAUUUUUCCAGCAGUUUUUAAUUUACAUACAUCUGUGAAAGUGUUUUUUCUGUCUUAAAAGUCGUGAAAAAAAGAUAGGUGUUUCGAAUCCUGUCCUUUGUUCCAUUUUCUUUUUUUUUUAAUCCGAAACCAAUCUCUCUGCUAGUAAGUUCGUAUUUAAUUCAUAAAUGUUACCGCAAGUUAUAUGUAUUUAUUUGUAAAUUUUAUUUGAAUCUACAGGUUUUAAAUAUUUUUAUCCCCUUUGAGUGUUUUUACUUCCGUUUUUAUGCUAUACAGUUUUUGUUAAAAAAAUAUUUUAUAAAAAUUUAAAAACGUUUAGAAUAAAAUGCAAUUAUAUAAGGGCAAAGCAAAAAA